UGGACGCGCUGUGGCGGGGAUCCUCGUACACGCUGCACACAAUUCACCAGGACGCGGCGUGGAUUUGUGUAUUUUUUUUUUUAAAGAGCGGAGUUUGGAUUUUUUCUACCCUUUUAUUGAGUGAAGCGCGCGUACAAAAAAAACAACAACAUGCACCUGAACGCAUCACCGUAGAAGUGGACCACCUGUGCCGAGUCGAUGGGACAAAAGUUCGGACCCUUCCCGAGGAGUCGCAGAACCCCGCGCGUGCACGCGAUGACUUGAACGCCACGCAGCGUGCUGCCUUUGUGGACCUCAACCGUCGAGCCACAUCUUCACCGGUCCCCCAAAAAAGGAGCCCCCCCAGAAGCAGAGAGACGUGGAAGUUAGGAUGAGGGGCCGGAAGUGUGCCACGGAGGUGCUGGUGCUGACCGUGCUGUCGUGGGUGUGCGUGGGGGCCGAGGAGAAGAUCGUGUUUGACCGACACUCCGUCUACUGGAACAGCUCCAACCCCAAGUUCUGGCACGGCGAGUACCGAGUGGCGGUGAACAUCAACGACUACUUGGACAUUUACUGUCCGUACUACGAGGGGCCGCCUAACCACGGGCGCAUGGAGCGCUACAUCCUCUUCAUGGUCAACCACGAGGGCUACACUUCCUGUCAGCAUCGCCUGCGGGGCUUCAAGCGCUGGGAGUGCAAUCGCCCCAGCGGCGCCGACGGCCCGCUACGCUUCUCCGAGAAGUUCCAGCUUUUCACGCCCUUCUCGCUGGGCUUUGAGUUCAGGCCCGGACACGAGUACUACUACAUCUCUUCCCCUCAUCCCAACCAUGUGGGGCGGGCGUGUCUAAAGCUGAAGGUGUACGUCCGACCUCCAGGCUCAGGAUACGACUCUCCGGAACCCUUCCUGACCGACGGAGGUCCGAGCUUGAGACCGAACUCCCCGGCCCCGGUAGCUGCUCUGGCCUGGCUGCUGCUCGGACUCUUCUCCCAGCUGUGACCACCUUGUCUUCCUUGGAGCGAUCGCCCCGCGAUGCUGGGCUGGGCCGGGCUGGGCUGGGCCAAGCUGGCUGUCCCCCCCCUAACUCCACCACCCCCCUCAGGGAAGCCCUUUUUGAAUCCCCUUUCCUUCGCCACUAUUUACAAUGCAACCACCAGCCACCACCACUGCCAGCCGCCCUGCCCGCCCUCCAUGGCCCGACCACGGACACCCUUCCUGGGUCUGGCCAUCCCUAACCUACAGGGUUGACCGGAUAUGUUGCACUCUAGGAAACGUCUUCUCACCGGUACCGGGAUUCCCUUUUUUUGGACGUGACCGUAGACUCUUGGCCACGGAUGGGUCGGUAAAGAUACGAUUAAACUUGUCAUCCGUAUGAUCUGAGCGUUAGGAGGUCAAUCCGGAAGGUUUUGUACUCCCAAAGUCUUGAUUACGAUUGAGUUCAAUCCCAGACCACAUGAUGACAACUUUAACUAUCGCCCCUUUGGAGGUCAGGGUGGCUUCUGGGUGCUGAGGUGUACAUUUUCAGGUUGGAUGUGUCUUGUCUCGUUUGUCUUUCUAAACAAAGCAUUUAUCACCGCCUGCUCUCAGGACAGGCGCCGUCUGCACUCGUCUUAUUAGUCCCAACGGGUCGGGUGACUUCUGGAACCAUGACUUUACUCCUGUAUGAAUGUACCACUGGUCACCCACCUCCUUCGUCUUUGUGUACUCGUUAUGACUGGACUGCGUUUCUGGGGAGCGGCUUCUGGCCAACAGGAGUUUGGGGGGUUUUGCGGAGGUUGGGCAAGGCGGGGGGAGAGGACUUGGCGGCUUGCAUGACCACUGUGAGACCCUCGGAACAACCGUGUUUGUAUUGAUGAUCUAUUUUUUCAUGGGGAGAAGCAGAAACCCACUGCUGCCACUCUCGCUCUUCCCAGAGACUCUUCAGGCAGCGGAAGGGAGGACUCCCGCUCUCUCCCGGUGCGGCUCCAUCCGAGGACAAUGUUUGGACACGCUGCCGGAACCGCCCGGGAAACGCCAACGCUGACUCGAACCGGUCCUUCGGAGGGAGUUCGAGGCCAGUAAAAGGGAAGGGUAUGCGCUGCGACUGCGGCGCGUGUGGCCUCACCACACACUCGUACACACACACACACACACGGAUUGAGGACGGAAAACGGCAAUUGCGGGAUUUUGUCGGGAAGGGAACAAACUGAGCAAGCACUGUGAACACACACACACAAACAUGCACAUUGACUGACAUCAGCCUGUAUUCACAAGAAUUUAGUAGGAUCCCAUUAAAAAGUACUCUCAAAUUAGUAAAAAAAUAAACAACAUAUUGGCUUACAGUUGUCCAUCGUUUAUAAUGACUAUUUUGGGUUAGGGUU